AUGGAGACGGCCGAAUGUAGUAAAUGUGUUGAUGUACUUAAGAAUUCAUUGAAGCGACGAUUCCCCUACAAUAAGGACCUGUUCUGCGGCAAAAUCCGGCGAAUCGACUGCGGAGACGUGAACUCGACCGACUAUGACAAGGUGCACAGCUGGUCAUUCGAAGAUCCGAUAGAAAGCGACAGUAUAAUCGUAAGUGUUUUGUUGUAAAACGAUUAGAGAUUAUUUUGGCAGGGUUUUGUUGCAUUAAAUUGGGUAUUGAUUAAGUUACAGAGGUUUUCUUGUAAUCGGAAGUCCCUAAUGUUAUGGUUAAUAUAAUUUUUGCGUUCUCUUGGGUAUUUAAGUGAGUUAGUAAACAUGAAUGGUUUGUCAUUAGUUUUUAUGGCAAGCCGGUUGUGUAACGACAAAUUUCAACAUUUCCCGACCAAACAUUAUUGUAGCUUUUGGGAGUGAUCAAUGAUGAAUGCCUAGCCUUCUAUGAUAAUAUACAACCAUGUCUUUGUUGUUUUAGUAAGCCGGAACUAAUUUUCUACUAAACUGGCUUUUAAAAGCCUAGCAGAUCCGUCAUGCGGGUUUGGUUUGAGCAGUUCUAUGACAAGUUUCAAGGUAACGAGGACCUUAAUCUUUUGGAUUUUUGAGCUUUGCCACAAUGUUGUUUUAGCUAUGGAAGAGUGGUUGGAAAGCAAUGUUUUUGGAGAUAAGUAGUUUACAGAGGCAAUUAGAGUAAGGCAAUUUGUUUGGCAAGUAAAUAACUUGUUUUAAACUAAUUUGUCCGCGGGCGAUUUGAAAGUUUUUGCAAGAUUUUGGUCGAAAAACGGUAUUUUCGAUGUGUUAUGGGCCUAAAGUUGUUUUUUUUUUAAAUUAAUUGGCCAAAAAAUUAUAAUUUUUGAGCUUUAUCGGUCGAAAAAGAAUAUUGUAGGUAUUUUAGGCAGGAAAAUUGAUAAAGGUGUUAAACCAAAAAUUUGAAGUUUCGUUUUAAAAUUAUAAUAGAAAUUUAAAAAAUUGAAGGUAACUGAUGUCACUAAAAUAAAACAUUUUAAAUUAAGUUUAAUUACUUUUACUGUGAACUCGAGUAAUUAGUCUAAAACAUCACUAUGUCAUAUCACGCAACGGGUUUAUAUAGAACGAGUAAUUAAAAAUUACAUUUUUUAAUGGACAUACUCGAGAGUUUUAGGCUUGUUUUUAAUGUUUUAAGCCCAUUUUAAAAGUUUAAGGCUUUAAAAUUACAUUUUGAACGCCAAUACCGUACUAAAAUCAGACAUUUAAUGCAGCUCUUGGUGCUUUCUAAAAAUUUUUAAGCUUGUAUUUUUUAUUUUUUUUUAGUUUUUAAGCUUACAUUUCAAAAAAUUUUUGAAUUUUUGGUCAUUUUCAAGCCUAACUUUACAGAAAGUUAUAACUUUUUGAUUAUUUCCAAGCCUAAAUUACAAAAUAAUCCACGCUACGCCACUAAAUCUGCACGCCACUCCCAUACAUUGUAAUUUACAGUAAAUUACCAGCUCCUAUUGUUGGCCACCAUCCAAAACUAAUUUAAUUUCGUCUAGCCGAACGAAAUUACUGUUUUCCAUCGCUGGGUAUUGACACAAGAAACGCGUGAACAACAAAUUGCCAUAUUAUUUCGAUAUUCCAAACCCAUUCAGCAAGCCCGGGGGCAAGUAAUUAUCGAGUGUCGGGGAUUUCUUUUAUAUUAAUAUCGGUUCAAAAGAACUCGUUCUUCCGGUUUUGGGUAUGUUGUUGAGUGGAGAGGGUAAUGAGGAAGGUUUUUGAGUGUAUUCUUGGGUGGGGAGGUUAAAGAAGAAGGUUUUUUGGGUAUAUUGUUGGGGGGGGAGGGUAAUGAAGAAGAUUUUUGGGUAUAUUCUUGGGUGGGGAGGGUAAUGAAGAAGGUUUUGCUGAUAAAUUAGUAGUUGUAGUAGAUUGAGAAUGUCAGGAUUUGAAUUUUUAAAUAGUAUAUGUAUGAAUCAUAUCAGGACGAUAAUUUUAUAAUUUUGGGAGGGGGGGGGGUUGAAGUCAAUGUAUGGGAAGGCAUUUUUGUACUGCUCUGUUCACUUUUCGCCGUACCCUUGGGCGUUUAGAAGGAGGACAGUUGGGAUACACCUUCUUCUAAAGUUACCCCCGCCCCGUCUUGGUUAUAGAAAAGAAAUAAUAUGUUGUGGUAGGCAAGGCCAGACGGGCAAUUUUGAUUUGAAGUUGGCGGAAAAAUAAAAAUUUUUGCGAAAAUCACGGGGGGGGGGUAAAAAAAAUUUUUUUUGAGCGCCCGGAGGGCUGAAGACUAUAUUUAACAGUAAUAUUACUUAACUUAAACACUUUUACUGUAAACUGACUUCUUUAUGCUUCUUUUGAUUAGGUUAUUCUGUAAAUCUAAUUUAAAAACUAAUUAUGGAAUGUUUCAGACAGCAGUCAUUACCAUAAUUAAUAUUUGGCUUUCAAUUUGGCAUAAAAAUGUUUUGGCAUUUAAAAUUUGCGGUGAAGGGAACAAUGAUUGGCUUUUUAAAUAUUUUUUUUUAGAAAUUUUAAUUUUUUUUUUAAAUUUGAAUUUUUUUCCUGAAAUUUUAAUUAGUUCUUCAAAAUCCUAGUUUUUUAGGUAACAAUUCACCGUUUUUUCUCAAUUUUUUUUAAAAUCGCACUUUGAUACUAUCUUCAUCCUCAAUAUAUUAGCCUAUGCUCUACAAAUACCUCAUUAAACCCAACGAUAUGUCUUCAGAAACUGGGCGGGGCACUUUUCAUUCAGCACGUAGGCUAAACGUUCUCUUUUCAGAUGACAAUGAUCGGGUCGGACUUGUUUUUGCGAGCUCGAACGGUGCGAGGCCAGCGAUUUCACAAGUAUCUGCGAUUGGAGCCGGGCUGGGAGCACGGUCAGCUGCGGUGUGUGACGAUGGGCUUGGAAUUGAGGUUGUUGAGGCGACGUGCUGGUUAG